AUGGGCUGGCCUGUGUGCAAUUCCACCGCGGAAGAUGAGACCAUCACCGAGGUCGACCUCUGGGAUGGUGGCAUCACCUUUCAUGAACUCUGCCUGAUCGUGGGCGGGGUUUUUGGCCUCAUCUCAAUCCUAGUUUCCUUUUACCUGAUUGCAAUGCAUGCCACACAUUACAGCAAAAAGAUCGAGCAACGGCAUAUUAUUCGAAUCCUGUUAAUGGUCCCCGUUUACGCCGUCGUCGCAUGGCUGGGAACCUACUUUUACAAGAACGACGUUUACUACGAUGUGAUCGGCAAUUGUUACGAAGCAUUUGCGAUUUCCUCCUUCUUCUCCUUGAUGUGCGCAUACAUCGCGCCCGACCUCCAUAGCCAGAAGGAAUAUUUCCGUGGAGUCGAGCCUAAGCCAUGGGUGUGGCCGAUCCCGUGGAUGCAGAAGUGCAUGGGUGGUGAGAAAGGGAUUUGGCGGACUCCGCGGAGUGGUUUGACCUGGUUCAACGUCAUUUGGAUCAGCGUGUUCCAAUACUGUCUGCUCCGAGUUCUCAUGACCAUCGUCGCGGUCGUCACGCAAAAGUUCAACUUGUACUGCGAGGAGUCUCUCAACCCUGCGUUCUCGCAUAUCUGGGUUCUGGUCGUGGAGUGUAUUGCCGUCUCGAUCGCCAUGUACUGUCUGAUCCAGUUCUACAUCCAGAUCAAAGACGACAUUAGCCAAUAUUCGCCAUUUCUGAAGAUCCUUUCUAUCAAGUUGGUGAUUUUCCUGUCCUUCUGGCAAUCGACUUUGAUCUCUUUCCUCACGUCCGCCGGAGCCAUCAAAACAACCUCGAAGCUCCAGGACCCCGAUCUCAAAGUCGGACUCCCCAACCUGCUCAUCAACAUUGAAAUGGCGUUCUUCGCCGUUCUCCAUUUGUGGGCAUUCUCCUGGAAGCCCUACUCCCUCAAUGGCCAGACCGCCGAGGUCACCGACUUUUACGGCAACGGGAAAGGUAGCUAUGAAGGCGGCCGCUUCGGCAUGAAGGCCCUGCUUGACGCUCUAAACCCAUUGGAUCUCAUCAAGGCCAUUGGACGCAGUUUCCGCUGGCUCUUCGUUGGUCGGAAGAGGCGCACGAUGGAUCCCAGCUACCAUCACACCGCGAAUGAUGCGUUCAAUCUGAAUGCCACGGAGACUGGAAUCGAAACUCACGGCACCGCAUAUGCCGGCGCCGGCGCAGUGAUGGGCGGUGGACGCUACAGCCCCCCUGACGACGAAGGGCAGGUGCUCUUGUCGCAUGCGCAGCCAAGCCCUGGUGGACUGGUGCCCCCGACGGAGGAUGACAGCGACCCGAACCGGUUCUACAACCAUAACCGACUCAGCGCCACCUCGCUUCUGGAGCCUGCCGCCUCGCAUACGGCCCGGCCGUACUCCCCCUACGAGGAGGACGCAUACAACCCAUACCUGGUCAACUCCCACCUUGAACAAGACCCGUACCACGCACCUACGCCCGGCAACCCGCCCUAUCCAGACCAUUCCGAGCCGGUCAACCCGGUCAACCCGUACCACCCGGAGCCCUACCAACCCCAACCCAUCCGCCCCUACCACGCCGACCCCAACAUUCUCCAAGAACAACCUCCCAUCCCUCUUCCAGAAUCCUACCCAACCCCACCACCACACUACGACAGUGACCACCAACAACAACGCCGGUAA